UCACGUGAUCAGCUGUGUCCACACAGCGGAUCAGCGAUCCACAGAAAGAGCCGAAGAUGUCGGCUCGGUCAUGUGAUCAGCGGUUUCCAAUCACAGCUGAUCACAUGUAAACAGGGAAAUGCCGGUUAUCGACAUUUGUCUCCCCAACGGUGGAGUGCCCAUCAGUGCCACAUCAAUGCCACAUAUCAGUGCCCAUCUGAGCUGCAUUUCAGUGUCACCCAUCAGUGCCAGUCAGUGCAACCUAUCAAUGCUAGUCAGUGCCGCCUAACAGUGCCAUAUGAG